ACAGCUCGUAAAAGCCAAACAGCUCGUAGGUAACGUUAACGCUUAAGUUAACCGUUAAAUGGCUCUGUCGAGUUUAAAGGCCCGGCAAUCACGUGCUUAACUGUAAUUUUGAGACGAUUAGUUGACACCGUGUGAAGUAAGGUUAGUUGUGGCAAUCCUCGAGGAAGGCCCAGGUCCCAAAGUACCAUGUGCUCCAUCUUUUGUGCCACGGAGAAGGCUGGCUCUGUUCUCUGGACACCCGGGCAGUCCCGCCACAGUAAAACCUUUUUCCUUAAGGGGGAGAGCUCAGCCAAGCCUGCAGCUGAGGAUAUGACAUCAAAGGACUACUACUUUGACUCAUACGCCCACUUUGGCAUCCACGAGGAGAUGCUGAAAGACGAGGUUCGCACUCUGACCUACCGCAAUUCCAUGUUCCACAACAAGCAUCUGUUUAAGGACAAGGUGGUGCUGGACGUGGGCAGCGGGACGGGCAUCCUCUGCAUGUUUGCUGCCAAAGCUGGAGCCAAGAAGGUUAUAGGGAUUGAGUGCAGCAGCAUCUCGGACUACGCUGUGAAAAUCGUCAAGGCCAACAAGCUGGAUGAUGUUGUGACUAUCAUCAAGGGGAAGGUGGAGGAGGUGGAGCUGCCUGUGGAGGGAGUAGACAUCAUCAUAUCUGAGUGGAUGGGCUAUUGCCUCUUCUACGAGUCCAUGCUCAACACAGUCAUUUAUGCCAGGGACAAAUGGCUGAAACCAGAUGGACUCAUUUUCCCAGACAGGGCAACCCUUUAUGUUACAGCCAUCGAAGACAGGCAGUACAAGGACUACAAAAUCCACUGGUGGGAGAACGUGUAUGGUUUUGAUAUGUCAUGCAUCAAGGAGGUGGCGAUUAAGGAACCGCUAGUUGAUGUGGUGGACCCCAAGCAGCUGGUCAGCAGCGCCUGUCUCAUCAAGGAGGUGGACAUCUACACAGUGAAGGCGGAUGACCUGACCUUCACCUCGCCGUUCUGCCUUCAGGUGAAGAGGAACGACUACAUCCACGCUCUAGUCACCUACUUCAACAUCGAGUUCACUCGCUGUCACAAGAGGACCGGCUUCUCCACCAGCCCAGAGUCUCCCUACACCCACUGGAAGCAGACAGUCUUCUACCUGGAUGACUACCUGACUGUCAAGACCGGGGAGGAGAUCUUCGGCACCAUCAGCAUGAAGCCGAACGUCAAGAACAAUAGAGACCUGGACUUCACUGUAGACAUCGACUUCAAGGGUCAGCUGUGUGAGGUGUCGAAGACGUCAGAGUACAGGAUGCGUUAGAAGUCUCUCUCCCUCCCUGUGUUAGUUUGUCUGUAGUAGAGGACAGAUUAUACGGUUUGACUGGGAGUCUGUACAAUAGUUUGAUGCUCCCCUGCAGCAACAUUUUUAAGACUGUCAUUUUUGUUUUUGUCAUUUUCUUGUUCAACCGUUAAUAGUAUUUAAAAGGUUUUCACUUCCUUGGGGUCAAAGUGCAUUGGCGUGGUGAUUCAUUGUGCCGCAGUCACUCAACAAAACGUGAGUUCGACUUGUGCCUGGUGUUUGUGUCCCAAAUCUUGUCGGGUUUUGCUUUUGGGUUCUUGUCCUCUUUGCAUGUGCGGGGUCCAUCUAAACAUCAACGCACCGGCCGUGUUGACAUGCCUGCAUGUCUGCAGAGUAUUCCUGUUCAGUCACUUUGGCCCUCUGUAUGGUCAGUACAUGACCCAGCUACUGGUCUCCCCUUUUUUGAUUCUGUUAAAGCUGUAGGUAUGUUGGUCUUUUGGAUUUCUGUGUACUCAAGAAACCCUGCCACUUGUUAAUAGAAACCAUCUGUAACAAGAAAGCUGUCCACCAAACACCUUAGGCCCUGUUCAGACCUAUGGGUUUAAAAAAAACAAAAAAAAAAACAGGGCUUCUGUAUUGACUCCCAAGGUCUUACACCAGGAGUGUGUGUGCUUGCAUGCAUUAAUGAGCCAAUAUAGGUGGAUUCUGCAGCGACAGCUCCAGUUACCUUUAGUGACCACAGUUCUCCUCGACAGUCCUAGUUUACCCAUGCUACAGUGUUUAAAGCUAUGGACAAUAAUUGCCCCCACCCCAAGUAGACUUAAAAUAAGAAGUGGUGGUGUCCAAAAAAAUAAAUGGAGCACAGGCCACUCACACAACACUCAAAAUAGGAAGGAGGUCUAGCAUAUUCAGAAAGCAAUCAUUAAUUGAUAUUGCUGAAUCGAUCUGUUCUACGAGAUCUGUCUCAGACGUUACUCUUAACCUUGGUAACUGUUUUGUGUUGCACUGUGCAGUGACUGGGGAGUCACAGGAACUCUGACGAUGGUGGUGUCCCAAAGCCAUACUACAUACUAAUCAAAAGUAUUAAAAAAAAAAAAAAAAAAAAAAA